GCUUCCGGUUUCUGGUAUUUUGUGCUAGCAACUCGAAGCUGAGCUACGCGGGGGAGGCACUGUCGCAACUACCUCCUUUAACCCACUUGCACUUGUUAAGUAGAAGAGGUGAGCAAUUUUCUUCCCGAAGCGCAGAUCCAGCCGUGCACACCCGGCUCCGCGGUGAUCUCCCUGCGCUGUUUUUCCGAGGGUUCCAGGGUCCGCUCCGAAUUUUAAGAUCUUGAAAAGAUACAAAAAUGAACCAGGAGGACGAACGGGACCCUGCUCUGGUGGUUGGGGGAGGCGCAGGCACUGAAGUCGACCCUACCUAGGAGGCUGGACGGCUGGAGAGGAGUAAGACCCCGCGAGUACCUCACCAGUAAUGCAUGUGGCAAAUAUGUGGACACUGGAGUCUUAGCAUCUGAUUUGCAAAGAAUGUACAGUAUGGACUAUGGUCGAAGAAAAAGGAAUGCUUUUAGGAUUCAGGUAGAAAAAGUAUUUAACAUAAUUAGUAGUGAGAAGGAGUUUAAGAAUCUAACAGAAUUAGAAGAUGAACAUCUGACAAAAAGACCGAGAAAAGGCGGAGAGGAUGAUGAGUAUACUGAAAGCUCUUCUGAUGAUGAUUCAAAUGCAGAAGAUUACACAGAUCCACAGACAGCAAACCACAUGAACACUUCACUACUCUCUUUAUAUCGGAAAGGAAAUCCUGAUUCUGUUUCAAAUACUCCUGAGAUGCAGCAAAGAGAAACAACUGCUUCAGCACCACGACUAAGUUCUAAAACAGACUCCAUUCCUUUCAAGACUCCUGCCAGAGAGUCUGAGGGAGGAUGGUUUAUUGACAAAAUCCCACAUGGAAAGAAAAACAGUUUUUUCUUGGAGCCAUUGGACAAGAAAAGUGAUUCCAAGUCUGUAUCUAAGGAUACGAAAGAUUUUUCUCUUCUGGAGAGUGAUAAAAAAAGGAAAGCCAAGAUAAAGGGCAAAGGAAACAAACAGAAAAAAGAAGAUCUUCAGGAAGUAGAUGGAGAAAUAGAAGCUGUCCUCCAAAAGAAAGCUAAAACCAGAGGGCUAGAAUUGCAGAUCUCCAGUGCGAAGUUUGAAGAUGUUGGAGGCAAUGAUGUGACAUUAAAAGAAGUCUGCCAGAUGCUCAUACACAUGCGUCAUCCAGAGGUGUACCACCACCUGGGCAUUGUGCCCCCUCGAGGCGUUCUCCUUCACGGGCCCCCUGGCUGCGGGAAGACGUUGCUUGCACACGCAAUUGCUGGGGAACUUGACCUGCCGCUUCUGAAAGUGGCUGCUCCAGAGAUUGUGUCAGGAGUUUCUGGGGAAUCUGAACAGAAGCUCAGAGACUUAUUUGAACAAGCUGUGUCAAGUGCACCAUGCAUUGUUUUCAUUGAUGAAAUUGAUGCUAUUACUCCCAAAAGAGAAGUUGCUUCAAAAGACAUGGAACGAAGAAUUGUAGCUCAGCUUCUAUCCUGUAUGGAUGAUCUGAAUAAUGUGGCUGCUACUGCUCAAGUCCUAGUCAUUGGAGCUACAAACCGACCAGACUCAUUAGACCCUGCUUUGAGACGUGCGGGAAGGUUUGACCGAGAAAUAUGCCUAGGUAUCCCAGAUGAAGCUUCCAGGGAAAGAAUACUUCAAACUUUAUGCCGAAAACUGAGACUUCCUGAAACAUUCAAUUUUUGCCACUUAGCACAUCUGACACCAGGCUUUGUUGGUGCCGAUCUGAUGGCACUUUGCCGAGAGGCAGCCGUAUGUGCAGUGAACAGGGCCUUGAUGAAGCUGCAGAAGCAACAAAGAGGAGGCCCUGAGGGCAGAGGCGGCCAGGGGGAAAGGCUGGAAACAGAGCCCACUUCGGAAACACAGGAUGAAUUGCAAAGGCUGCUGAGGUUGCUAAGAGACCAAGACCCCCUCUCAGAGGAGCAGAUGCAAGGACUGUGCAUUGAAUUGAAUGACUUCACUGUUGCUCUUGCCUCAGUCCAACCCUCUGCCAAAAGGGAAGGUUUUGUCACUGUUCCCAAUGUGACUUGGGCAGACAUUGGUGCUCUGGAAGAUGUUAGAGAAGAGCUCACCAUGGCCAUACUGGCACCGGUACGCAACCCAGACCAGUUCAAGGCUCUUGGCCUGGUGACUCCAGCUGGAGUCCUCCUUGCUGGUCCUCCUGGCUGUGGGAAAACUCUGCUGGCAAAGGCUGUGGCAAAUGAGUCUGGACUAAAUUUUAUAUCUGUCAAGGGCCCAGAAUUACUGAAUAUGUAUGUUGGUGAGAGUGAACGUGCUGUGCGGCAGGUUUUUCAGCGAGCCAAGAACUCAGCACCCUGUGUGAUAUUCUUUGAUGAAGUGGAUGCGUUAUGUCCUCGAAGGUCAGACAAAGAGACUGGCGCAAGUGUCCGGGUGGUGAAUCAGCUACUUACAGAGAUGGAUGGUCUGGAAACACGACAGCAGGUUUUUAUUAUGGCAGCCACUAACAGGCCAGAUAUCAUUGACCCUGCAAUUCUGCGCCCAGGCCGGCUGGACAAAACACUCUUUGUGGGUUUGCCACCCCCAGCAGACCGUCUUGCCAUUUUAAAAACUAUCACAAAAAAUGGCACCAAACCUCCACUGGAUGCAGAUGUAAAUUUAGAAGCAGUUGCUGGUGACCUUCGCUGUGAUUGCUAUUCGGGUGCAGACCUCUCUGCUUUGGUGCGAGAAGCUUCUCUGUGUGCCCUGAGACAGGAAAUGGCGAGAGAAAAGUCUGGAAAUGUAAAAGGUGAGCUCAAGAUUAGUCAUAUGCACUUUGAAGAAGCUUUUAAGAAAGUGAAACCAUCUAUAUCAGUAAAGGAUCAAAAAAUGUAUGAAGCUCUUCAGCGAUCCCUCAGCCAGUGACAUCUCCCGCAGCCAGCGUGGUGAAUCCAGCACAUCGAGCCAAUCAGUCCAGGUGCUCUGAGAUGCCUGCCCUCAGCUCAACAUAGAUGUCUCAUGGAAGCAUUUUAUUUUCAAAUUAAUAGGGACAAGCUGAAGCUGAAGAUUCUUCAAUCUGGCAGACUUUCUGGGAAAACUCCCCACAUCUUUUUUUUUUCUUUUUUGUACCAAGGCUUGAAUUCAGGACCUUGCGCUUGCGAGGCAGGCAGCGGAACCACUGAGCUAAAUCCCCAGCCCCAACUCACCACACCUUUAAGAAAAAUAAAUUUCUAACUGGUGAAAUAAAACUUUACUCAAAAUUUUUAAUUUGAUACAACUCCCCCCCUUGGAACCUCUGUAAGUAGCUAGUCUUAUGUCCAUUACCCUAAAUACUUUCAUGUAGAAUUCCUGCCCACCACGAUAUUCUUCUCCGUAACCUACCAUCAGAGUCAGGAAAUUAGUACUGAUACAUUGCUGUUGGGUCCUAAUCCAUAGGACCCACUCAGGCUUCUCCAGCUGUCCCAAUAAUACCUUCAGCAAAAGGACCCAGUUUAGAACCAGCGAUUCUAGUGAGUUGCGGAGGCUGGAGUUCCUGACAGAAGUCUCAUUCCUCUGGCUUGACUCAGUACUUUUGAAGGCCCUGCUUAUUACUUUCAGAAGGCUUCAGUGUGCAUUUCUAUGAUGUGUCCUCACAACUGAUUCACAUGCAUAUUCAUUAGGGUUGUCAUGAAGCAAUGCCUUGUGCUUCUCUGCAUCCUCUAAUAUUAAAGUACAAAUAAUGAUCAUUUUUCUAAAAUCCUUUGAUACAAUUUUAGCUACUUCAGUGGAUUGUAGUUUGAACAUACUCUUAGAUUCUGACCUAUUCAAAUGCUUUGCGAUUUACUGUUACAGGGAGACUUAUCAGACUACUUGGGAAGCAACUAAGACUUAAGCUAUGACCACCCAGUUAUCCCAGCAUAAAUGGGCAUUUAUUCUAUGGUGGGUUUCUACUCUUGGUUCUCAUUUGGUUAUUUUUCUGCCUACUCUGAGUCAGUCUCUGGUGCCUCACAUAAUAUCCUUGCUCUAUCAAAAUUGGAACAUGGUUUAUAAAGUCUCCAUGGGCCCGGGGAUUUAUCUCAGUGGCACCAUGCCUGCCUUGCAAGUGUAAGGUCCUGAGUUUGAUCCCUGGUACCAAAUAAAGUCUCCUUGCUGCUUGCCUCGA